AUGGCCUUCUCGAUACAUCUGUUCCGUCUAGCAAAACUCAACUCAGAGUUCAAGUACGUUGCGAACAGCAUUGUCCGCGACACACCACGUUACGCCUACCCGGCGGUCAUUGACAUAAACGAGUGGCAGCAAGGGAUGUUGGAACAGCUAGACGAGUGGUACAGCCAAAUCCCCAACACACCAGACUCUGAUUACAUCCGCACCAUCUGUCAGAUUCGAUGCUACGGUCUGCGGAUGCUCGUUCUCCGGCCUAGCCCCGCUAUCCCGAAUCCAUCGCCAGAGAUCCUCAAGAAGUGCUUCAAAGCCGCUCUUGAAGUCAUCCGUCUCUUUGAUCACCUGUAUAAAAAGAACUUGCUCAUACAUACAUGGAACACCUGUCACUCAGCAGUCCUCAGCAUUAUAACUAUGUUAUACUGUCUGAAGAUGGUGCCUGAGAUAGCAAAGCAAACGGCUUUGGAUGCACUCAUGUCUGACUUCAGCGCCGGGCUAGGAGUCCUGGCGGCAACGGGCGAGCACUGGUCUGGAGCAAAACGUUGCCGCGAUAUUUUGGACGAUAUGAUCCGGGCGACCAUCCGAUGGGUCAAGGACCUUUCCAGUCAGACCUUUGAGGUGGAACCACCUGCUCAACGUCGAUCUCUGCGACUAGAUUCUGCGCAUUCGCAUACAACCAGCUCUUACAACGAGAAUGCCAGCCUUGGUGGGACGGAACCUCCACGACUAAAUUUCUCGGAAGGCUUUCCCCAACCACUAUCAAUAAGCUCUGCGACUGAAAGUGGCUCGGAAAGCUUCCUUCAUCAAGAUCCAUUCGAAUCGUUUCUCGCCAACACUGCGUUCGGCGAUCCGAUGCACACGGGCGACAACGCAAAUCUGGAUAGCAUCAUGCGAGGUCUGUUUGAUGACUUUAUACCUACUUACCCGAGCUUCACCUGA